AAUAUACAUAGAAAGUAGGGUUAGGCUUAAGUAGUUUUAAUAUAUUUAUAGAUUUAGAUCAUUGUAUUUGUGGCGUUAUGGACAUAGCGCUGGACAACUUAAGUGACUUUUCGCGUGUGUCCGAUACCGAUUCAAGUGGUUGCAGUUUCGAGAGGAGAGUCAAUACAACUCGUAGAUCGAGUGAAUCCGAAUUUGGCGCAAGUGAAGCCGAAAAUAUUGAUGCCAAAAUCAAAACCACUACAAUAGGGAAAACAUUUACAGACGAGGACUACAUCAAGGGCACCAUAAAGGCCGAGGUGCCUCAACGAUCCUUAUUUACAUACGUCAAGCAUAGGAAUAAAGUGUGGACGGUGGAGAGUCCUGCUGGACGCACGCCUUUGAGUGAAGUAGUGGAAGAGAUGAUAAGAGAGAACAAAGGUGCCUAUCUCAAGCAGGAUCCGUUCAGAGAGGACUUUAUCUUUGCACCUAAGGAUGUGCCCGCCGAUGGCUUUGAAUCCAUAGACAAGUGGCUGCGGCUGAAGACUUGUAUUGCCCCCAGGAACUUGCCUUUGGCCAUGCAGGCAGCCAAGCAUUUGCAAAUGGAUGUGGUGGAGGAGCAUUGCUGGCAAUGCUUGGAUAGCAAGCAGAUCUGCAAUAGGCUAGCAUUCGAGCUAUAUUUAAUAGCUGUCGACCUAGAGCAGCUGGACAAAGUGCGCACAUUGAUGCUGAGGCGUGUGCAAGGCUAUUUUCUAGCUCUAGUGGGUACCCAACAGUUUCUGGACCUCAGACUGCGAGAGCUGCGGCUGCUGCUCUCCUCCGAUGCCUUGGGUGUCAACUCUGAGAUUGAAGUAUUCUAUGCGGCCAUGCGGUGGGUUAGCGCCAACUCAGACACCAGACUAUACCAAAUGAAGGAAGUUUUGUCCUGUGUGCGAUUUCCCUACAUGCCCAUGGCGUUUCUCUUUGGUCUGCGUACCAUAGCUGGAGAGCUGGAUGAGCGGGCUAUCAUAGGUCCGGACAAUGUGCUGAUGCACUUUCUGAACGAUCCAGAUACGCCCAAAUUGCUGAUGGAUGCCGUGGCCUACAUAAGCGUGCACUUUCUGGAGAAGAUUGGCGAUGUCGGCGAUGUCAGUAAUAAGUCAGUGAUACUGCCACGCCAUUGGAUCUAUGAUCCCAAGUGCUCGUAUCACAUGGAGACACUCAUCUACCCCUAUCAGCAUCACUUUACGCUCAACGAAUUCAUUGAUUACAUUCGGUCUAUUCAGCAUGAUUGGCAGGACGAUAAGGCAGAACUACGCAUGCGAGAAGUGGCUAAAGAUUCUGCCUUUCAACUAUUACCUCUUUUUCAGGACAAAUUCAAGAAGCGGGACGAUGGCGGAGACGCAUAAGCGAAGUGUACAAUCAUUUUAAAUAUAUACAAAGCAUUCACAUCUCUUGUUUUAGCUCAUUUUGAGCAUGGAAU